AUGCCGGCCAAACCCCGUCCUCCGUUAAAGCCCCCUGGUCCACCUACCUUUACAGAUCGCAAUGGUAAGGGCAGGGACAACAAGGGCAAGGGUGGCGGCCUCCUUUUGGAAUCCGAGUCUGGCGGCCACUCGCAUUUCGUUGAGGAGUUGAAUCGCAGCCUCAACUUUUGCUUGGUUGAAUCUGAUGUUCAGGCUCUUCGUGCAUGGGGUUUCCCCCUUCCCAAACUUGCUGCAUUGCCAUCGCCUGAGGCCAAGUUGUCUUCACAGUCAGUGCCCUUGAUUACAGUUGCUGACUUACUGGAUGUUUCAUUGCGAAAGCGAAUCAUUCGCUGUGCAGCAGAGGGUGUCUUCUCUACUGUGUUCAUUCGUUUCUCCGACAAGUGGCCUGCUGAGCACAAUGUUUGGGUGCUACAGCUCUGCAAGCUUGCAUUUUCUUGUGGGACAACUGUUCAUUUGGACAUUUCAGCCUGGGACAGGCUCCGCGGGUCAACCGUGGAUUAUGGUCUCCUCCUCAGACCUGCAGUCUACCCGGAUUCAUUGGUUGAGGCCUUUGGUAAACUUUUCAUGUCAGCUGAAGGUGUGACAGGAGACAUUUCUACAUUGCAGGGCAUUUUUGGCGAGUGGCUACAGUCACAGGGCAGUGCUCUGGUGGAUUGGUCCAUUGCACCGGACCAACCUUACUGCCUCAAUGCAUUGUCGGCGCUUUCCUUAGCCUUGCACGAUUGUGACAUUUCACUCUUUGGUGCAUUGCUGCAAGGAGCAGAAGCUGAUCCAGUCCUCCUUGAGGAACUGGUUCAAAUCGAGGUGGAUAGUGGCUGGCUUCGUUGCAUCGAUUCUUUGGAGGUCGUAAGCCACGACUCGUCGUGGACUCUUCCAUAUGCGGCACGAAUUCUGCCUGUCUCAUUCCGGAAAGGUCGCCACGAACCUGUUGCAGCAUGGUCCAUUGAUGUGAAAUCUGCUCACAAGUCCAUUCGAGUGAGGGAGUCUGAGCAGGGCCUGCUUGGCAUCAGAGUGGGCCAGAAGUUCUUCUUCUACAAAGUCUGUCCAUUUGGGGCAGCCUUCAGUGCAUUUUGGUUUUCUCGUCUCGGUGCAUUCUUUGUGCGAGCUCUACAUCGGCUCAUCUACAUUUCACACUUUCUGGCCUUGUACGUUGAUGAUUUCCUGGGCUAUCAAGCUGCUACAGUUGCAGAGAUGAGUCUUUGCAUUACCUUGUGCUUCUGCGGAGCUUUUUCCAUUCCAUUAUCUUGGAAAAAGCUACAAUUCGGAUGCCACAUCAAGUGGAUUGGUUGGGAAUUAGAUUUCGAGAUGGGAUGUGUCUACAUUCCUACAGACAAAUUGGAGAAAUCGGUCGAGUACAUUUCCUUGGCCCUGCGUGGCAAAUACACAGAUCGUCAGCAGUCCGACUGGCAAUGCUUGGUUGAGUGCCUCAGCAAUACUCUGCAUUUGGUAAAGCUACCACCGGGCGGUGCCAUGUCCAUUGGCAGCCGGGUUUUGGCAGUUCGCCAUCGAAAAGUACAUUCCAAGAAAGAGCUGCUGAACUGUAGUCUGGGCGACAAGGACAUUUGGCUUCGCAUUUCUGACCCUGCCUCGAAACGUCGUGCAUUGUCCCAUGAUUCCAGGGGCCUUUUACAAUUCUGGCUUGGAUGGGCCAAGCUUCCACCUCUUUGGCGAAGCCUUCGCCCUCAGCAAGCUUUGUCAGUGGAGGCGGCUGCAGAUGCCAUGGGCAAUGGCUCUACAUUUGCUGUUGGUGGUUACAUUUCCCUUCCCUCCGGGGAGUACUGGUUCUCGGAAUGCUUUUCUGUCUCGGACUUUGCAUUUGCGGAUUUACCUUUGAAAGCUGAGGCUCACAAAGAUAUCAGCUGCUAUGAGUGCCUUGGUCAAAUUGCACUCGUCUGGUUACUCAGUACAUUACAUCUCAUGUGCAAACUUUCCAUCAAGCUUCGCACAUGGUGUGACAACUCGGGGGCAGAGUCUGCAUCCAAUAAGAUGUUCACGACUUCCUGGCCAUUCGCUGCAUUCAUACAGAGGUGA